UUUCCUGGCGCCGUUGGUGUUGGUUCCUGCCAUUUUGCUCCCUCCAUACAGUGUGAAAGUUGGCGCCAUGUCGAUGCUGGAUAGGCCACACGUCCUAACCGCCGCUGAGCUGGCCAACGUCACCGAUGGAGCCGACGCCGCCUCGCCAGCCUACCUGUCGGGUGCCGUGGCGAGCGGGCGUUACGAAGUCAAGAUGUUAGGCUGGAACACCCCUCCGGAGUACAUGGAUUUCGUCAACCCUUACUGGAAGACGUUCGAGGCGCCCAACCCUUUUCUUCACUACAUGCUCGGCGUCUUCUACAUCAUGUUCAUGUUCGCUGCUCUCUGUGGCAAUGGCGUUGUGCUAUGGGUCUUUACGUCAGCUAAGAGCCUCCGGACGCCCUCUAACAUGUUCGUGGUGAACCUCGCCCUCCUCGACUUCAUCAUGAUGCUCAAGACGCCCGUGUUUAUCAUCAAUUCCUUCAACGAGGGACCCAUUUGGGGCAAGUUCGGCUGCGACAUGUUCGCUCUCAUGGGGUCCUACUCUGGGAUCUCCGGCGCCAUGACCAACGCAGCUAUCGCCUACGACAGAUAUAAGACAAUUGCAAAGCCCUUUGAACCCAAGAUUAAGUCCGGCACAGCGUUCCUGAUGGUGCUGGGGACUUGGGCCUAUGCUACGCCCUGGUGUAUGAUGCCUCUCUUCGGGAUCUGGGGGAGGUUCGUUCCAGUUCGGUGCGACAUGUACGUCAUGGAGACUACUCUAGGAUGGACGCAGACAAGCAGAUGCAGAAGAUAUAAGAGAGGAAUUAGGAUUACUAUUAUGGACAAUGAAGCUUUGAACCCAAGAUUAAGUCCGACAGCGUUCGAUGGCUGGGGACUGGGACAUGUACGCUGGUGUAUGAUGCUCUCUCGGAUCUGGGAGGUCGUCCGUAUUAACCUACGAGGACGAGAGAUCACCCACUUCGUGCCAUACUCUUGCAAAGCAUGUCCGUACUCAUCCAGUUUCUCUACAGCAAUCUACCCAUGUCAUGCAGCAAUAUGCAAUUGCCAGGUAGUGUUGGAAUCGAUCACUGAUAUAUUGGACACACCCUGCCAACAGGCUAAGAAGAUGAACGUUGACAACCUGCGAAGUGUUGGCAGCAAAGAGGACCAGGAGAAAUCCGCCGAGAUCCGCAUUGCCAAGGUCUGCAUGGGACUUUUCUUCAUGUUCCUCGUGUCAUGGACUCCGUACGCUGUCGUAGCCCUCAUCGGCGCUUUCGGAAACCGGUCUGUUCUCACGCCCCUUGUGUCAAUGAUCCCAGCUCUAACCUGCAAAUCUAUGGCUUGUAUCGACCCCUGGGUUUACGCCAUCAACCACCCGAGAUACAGGUUGGAGUUGCAGAAGAGAUUGCCUUGGUUCUGCAUCCACGAAGAAAAGCCUCAGGACACCGUUUCCCAGUCCUCCAACAACACCGAAAAAGCUUAAAAAAGACAGAUGACGAUGUUCUUGUCCGCGGUUGACAAAGCCACUUGCUUUCGCUUCGAACACGAUCAAAACCAUGACGAAAAUAAUAAUGAUGAUGAUAUUAACCCUCAGCUAAUGCAGACAAAAACACACUAGAAAACAGAGAGUACUAAUUCUUGUCCAAUGCUGUUAUUUGCUACCUUGACUGGGGAUAAUUUCAUAAAAUAAUAGAUCUUUAUUACCGAGUAGCGUAUGAUACACAAAAUGUACAAAGUACGUACAGUGUACAUUCACUAUGACUCUCUCCAGAAAAAAGACAAAACGAUGAGAAACAAAAGAGUGGCGUCUGUCGAAAGAUUUCAGAUGAUGGAUUUUCUCCUGUUUAGCUUCUUCCACGUCCACGUAUAGAGGGAACGGAGCUGCCCUAAUACAUCCCCUCGCUACACACAGCCGUGUGAUGUAAAUCAUCUCAAAGCAGUAACAUCUUCGUUGCCACCACACCUUCACCUCCGUUUGGAAGGAGGUGAAAGUGUGGGUCCGAGAGGGAUGAGGUGAAAGUGUGGGUCCGGGAGGGCUAGUCAUCCCCCUGGAGGGGGAUGUGUGCCCAGUGCUCCUGCUGCUGUCACUGCCCCUAAAGGGGUAGGUCGGCCUGAGCGGAUCCCUCCUCCAAGCUCAUCUUCCUGCUGUACCUUCUUUAGGAAUACAACCCAGCAUGCAAAAUGA